GGUCCUUUUGUUUCCUCUUCAAUUCAAUGAGUAUAUAAAUAAGCCAAGUCCCCAAAUAUCUUCAUUCAAACUUCAAUACUCACUCACAACCACAAUUAGUUGUUUCACUAUAAAAGGAAAGAAAAAUAUUAGGCAUAUAUAGAAAACUCCAAGUACUAAUAAGUGCAUCCAAAAAUGAAUUUUGAUUCUCCUCUCCUCCAAAACCAAAAUCAAAACCUUCUAUGCUUCCCUCAAAAUUCCUUCUCUAAUUUCUCUCGGGAAUUAGAAGAUUUCGUUAAUUUCUUCAAUGAUGACAUCAACUUCAACAACGACUCACAAUCACAAACCAAAGAAUCAUUAUCAUUAUCAUCAGUCGAAUCCAACUCUUCUGGAUCCGUACUAAGCAAUGAAUUACUAGAAGUCUCGUCGAAUACAACUUAUACACAAAUCAAAGAGACACAAACAUCGUCAUCAUCACCUCCACCACUGCCGAGUAAGGAAAGUAACAAAAGGGCAUUUAGAGGAGUCAGAAGUAGGCCAUGGGGAAAAUUUGCGGCCGAGAUAAGAGACUCAACAAGAAAAGGGGUUAGAGUAUGGAUUGGAACAUUCGACACGGCUGAAGCAGCCGCUUUAGCUUAUGACCAAGCGGCUUUUUCAACGAGAGGUUCAUUAGCAGUGUUAAAUUUUCCUGAGGAAGUGGUUAGAGAAUCACUUAAAGACAUGGCUAGUAAUUGUAAGCCUUUGGAAGAAGGUACUUCACCUGUAUUGGCACUCAAGAGAAAACACAUCAUGAGAAAAAUGUCCAAUAAGGUUAGUAAAAAUAAGAAAAUCAAAAGUGAUUAUCAAAGUGAGCAAAUUCAGAUUCAAGUAGAGACCAAAACCAAUAGUACAAAUUCCCAAAAUGUGUUUGAGUUUGAGGAUUUGGGUGCUGAAUAUCUGGAGCAACUAUUGAGCUUGACUUAUUAGCUUUUUUGUUUUUUAUGGUCAAGUUUUCUAGCUUUUGGAAUUUUUCAUCAACUUGGUAUUCUUACUUCAUGAUGACAGAAAAUAUGUUCCAAUAGGAUAUUCCUUCACAUCCUUCGUCAUCAUCAUCACCUCACUUUUUUGUAUUUUUAUUUUGCACUCUUGUUCUGUAAAGGUAAUUAAAGUAAACUUUACAAUGUAAUUAUAUAUAUGGUUUAGGUAAUUAAAUCAUACUCAUAUUCGAUGCCACGGCAUGACUAGAUAUAUUUUUAGUUGAUAUGGAACAUAUAUAAGAAACCAAACAAAAUCAUAAUUUAUCGUGUAAAAAUAAAGUAAAAGUAUUAGUA